AGAAUAAAAAAAAACAUUGUUGUUCAGUUUUUGUGCAGUAUAAGUAAUUGUUGAGACAUGUUCCUGAAUGUAAAAUAAAAAAUGUAGUUUGAUAUUUGUAAGAAUAAAUGUAUUUUGUGCUGUGAAAUCUGUGAAGUUUAUUCAACCACCAAGUGGAAGCAAUCAGGGAACCCCAGAGGAAUAGUUGGAAUUGCUGUACAAUUGCCACCAUCAGUGUUGUACCACCCACCACCCGCUGGAAUACGGGUUUAUAAGGAGGAUAUUGGUUGGAAUACAACAUUUUGGUCCUUCGAACCGGAUCCAACGAAUCAGAACCAAGGAUUUGACCAUUAUAACGUCACCAACAAGUACUCGGACUGGCAAUUGAGGACAACCUAUUUAUCGCAAAAAGAAUAAUUGAUCGGCAGCCAUCACUACACAGCACAAAUCACAAAAAGGAACAAUUGCAAUCGUUUGGACACCCACCGGCAGUUAUUUUUGUUCAGAACGGGAUCGUUAACGAGGAUUGAAAAUCAACAAUCGCAAUUGUUGGAUUGAGCGCUACAUGAACAUCCACUUAUACAUAUCUGGAACGCCACGUGAACCAACAUUUUGAUUGAUCCACCACCCACUAAGUUCACCAUAAGGAGGCCAGCCACCCUGCAUCGCUGUUUUAUUGAGUGCUGCAUACGAAGAGGAAGUUCAUCUGAAAUUUUGCCUGGGUGAGUGCAUUAGAAUAGUAUAUGCGCCGAAGCUAGGCAAGAUUAAUACACGUUUUAAAAUAAAUUUGUAUCCUCUUCGAUUCAUUCAUACAACCCACUUCCCUGCACAUCAAUGAGUGUAUUGGUCUACAAGUAAACAUAUACUGGUUCAUUGGUUAAUUGUUGCAAUUGGGCAAUUUCUACUGGUUCAUUGAUUGGCGCGACGAUUAGUUCUCCGGGUGAGUUGGAACUGUAUAUGUCCACCGAAGUUAUUUUACGGAAUAUUACAUAAAAUACCCCACCUCUUCGCUAAAACACCUGCCCCAUCGGAGUACAAAGUAAAAAUUGCUUGGCGAUUACAAUCUCAUCGCUAGACUGUUCGCACAUCACAUUGGGUGCAUCGGUUUACGUUGUAAGGUAAACUACACUAGUAUAUGCCUAGCGGAGCUAGGACUUCGAUAGAUAUCUACCAACACGUUCAAUCCUUUUCAACAACGGUGCCGAUAACGUUCCAUCAACAUGCCGCCAGUAAUAUCCGCUGCUAAGAAGGCUCCUUCGCUGAAGCUGCUCAUAGCGAGGUUGAACGAUGUCCAGGCUUCUUUCAACGACAUCUGGCGUUUCGUGGAAUACUACGAAGAAAAUGCAACUGUUACAGAUGUUGACAUUCGGUUAGAGAAGGUAGAUGAGCUAUGGGAGAAGUUUUGUGAUACAUUGGUAGAGAUUAGGGCACAUGAAGAUUAUCUCGCGGAUGAGGAAUCGUACGAUAAGGACCGACAGGAAUUUAGUGAUAGGUAUUAUCGAGCCAAAUCAUUCCUCGUAGAUAAAUCUAAGAAGCUGCAGGGUCCAAUGGGGCUGGAACAGUCUGUUCGAAUGAACGAUUCAGUGGUUUAUGGUGUUGAUCGCGUGCGUCUCCCUCAAAUAAGUUUACCUUCAUUCAAUGGGGACAUAGAUGAGUGGCUGAGUUUCCGAGAUCUAUUCACUUCACUCAUCCACCAUAAAACGGAGUUACCAGAGGUGGAGAAGUUCCACUACCUCAAGGGUUGUCUUCAGGGGGAACCGAAAAGCCUGAUAGAUCCGCUGAAAAUUACAAGGGCCAAUUAUCAAAUUGCCUGGGAUAUGUUGUUGAAGCGUUUUGAUAACAGUAAACAGUUGAGGAAACGUCAAGUACAAUCGCUAUUUAAGCUUCCAACAUUAACCAAGGAAUCAGUCAGCGAACUUCACAUCUUGUUAGAGGGAUUCGAGAGGGUCGUGAAAAAUUUAGAUCAAGUCAUAGAACCGGAGGACUAUAAGGAUCUACUGCUUGUCCACAUACUUACAGCACGACUUGACCCGGUAACACGCAGAGGCUGGGAGGAAUUCUCUACGUCGAAGGAGCAAGAUACAUUGUCCGACUUAACGGACUUCAUUCGGCGACGUGUUCAAAUGCUUGAAUCUCUUCCCAGCAAAUCCGUUGAUGUUAAAGGACCAAACCCACUCCAACAGUUUUCGAAACCGAGAACAGCGUUUACGAAAACCAAUUAUAGCAGCAUGCAGAGUUUCGAAGGGCGUUGUGUGGCCUGUAAGGGCGAGCAUCUAUUGUACCAAUGUCAAGUGUUUCAUCGGCUAGAGGUAGCGGAAAGAGACGCACUUUUAAGGACCCAUUCGCUUUGCCGCAAUUGUUUUCGGGUAGGACAUCAGGCGAAGGAUUGUAAAUCCAAGUUUUCCUGUCGAAAAUGCCAGGGUCGACACCAUACAUUGGUAUGCUUCAAGACAGAAAGGGAAGGCUUCAUGAAGGGUACGGUGGUUGCAAAGGGCAAGGAAUCUGGAUCAAAGGCAUCAACUUCAACCCAAACAGCAAAUGUGUCAACCAAAACCGUUUGCACAACGCAGCAGUUCUCUUCUCAGGUGUUACUGGCUACUGCUGUUGUCUUGAUGGUGGAUGAUAGUGGUCAGGUGUUCCCCGCUCGUGCUUUAUUGGAUUCAGGUUCCGAGAGUAAUUUUAUAUCAGAACGGCUGAGUCAGCGGAUGUGUGUCAGCCGAGAAAGAGUGGAUAUAUCGGUUCUAGGAAUAGGUGAAGCAGCUACAGAAGUCAAAUACCGAAUUCGGGCGAUGGUACGGUCGCGAGUGUCCGAAUACUCGAGGGACAUGGAUUUUUUAAUACUGUCGAAGGUCACAGUGAAUCUUCCGACUUUAACGGUUAAUACGGAAGGGUGGUCGAUUCCAAACGGUGUUGAGCUGGCUGAUCCUGCAUUCUUCCAAUCGAAAGGAGUGGACGUUGUCUUGGGCAUCGAAGCAUUCUUCGAGUUUUUCGGAACUGGUAGAAAAAUUACGUUAGGUGAGAGACUACCAGCGUUGAAUGAAUCAGUCUUCGGCUGGGUAGUGUGUGGAGGUUUGUUAGUACCGAGUCAAUCAAUUCAAGUCAACUGCAACAUAUCUGCAUCAGGAAACUUGGAGUCAUUGGUCGCAAGAUUCUGGGAAUAUGAAGAGAUUGGAGUAUCAAACUAUUAUUCGCCGGAAGAAACUCGCUGUGCAGAACAUUUUGAACGAACGGUACAGCGUGGAAUAGAUGGCCGAUUCACGGUGACAUUGCCCAAGGAUGAGGGUGUCCUUCGUAGAUUAGGAAAAUCGAAAGAAAUCGCACUAAGACGUUUGCAGGGAACCGAACGAAGACUGUUGCGUGAUACUCUACUACGUGAUCAGUAUUUGGCGGUCACAUGA